UAACUAUGUGCCAGCAGUCAAAAUUAAUAGUCGCAUCUUUUUUAUAUAAAUUGGGAAAGUAGUUUUUAAGAUGAAUUGCACGAUCCAGCUAUUAGUUGCGCGUGUAGAACACAUGUGGUGUUCAAAAGGUAUCUCUGUGAAGAAUCACACUAACGUUGCGUGCAAAGUGGCGAUUAACUCGGAACCCACGUCCUAUAAUGUUUCCAUCAACAGCCCAGGUAACACGUCCGAACUGGGUUGUUGAAGAUGCAAUCAGGCUUCUUUAAAAGCGCAUAAAUUGCAGGACUUUGAACAGUACGUCAGGAAUGACCUGCAACCGCCUCGUGAUAAUCCUUGCCGCCGUCCUCUGCGCUGAGGUCCUCGCCGUAACGCACGAGGUGCGUCCGGAACGGUUCGAGCAAACGCUCGGCUUCGAGUACGUCAACACGACUGGGAUCCGGGUGAGGAAGUUCAACCGCACCACGUGGAUCUUCGACGGUGAAGGGGAAGCGUUCCAGGACUUUGACGACGACUACAUGUUCACGAUCACGAUGGCGCACAGCCGGCUGGGCAACAACCAGUGGAACGAGUACCCGAUGAAGAUCGCCCGUUCGGGAGCUUGUGAGAUCCUGAACGGGCCGUACAAGGAGUACCAGCAUCACUUUGUCGAGUACACGAAUUUGCCGCGGGUCGGGGAGGAGCGCGUGUGUCCGUUCAAAAAGGGUCUGUACUGGGUGAAGGAGUUUGCACCCGGUACGGACUGGGUUCUGCCGGUCGUUCCGGAGGGCUAUUGGCGGUUCACUGGGGACGUUUACGACAAGGAGGGAAAGCUGAUCAUUCGACUGGCUGGAUAUUUCCAUCUGUCGCGGAAUAUGUUUGAAUAAACAAGCCUUACCCGACAAACUU